AUGUCUCACAGAAAGUACGAAGCUCCACGUCACGGUUCCCUUGGUUUCUUGCCAAGAAAGCGCUCUAGAACCCAGAGAGGUAGAUGUAAGUCCUUCCCAAAGGACAUCAAGUCUAAGCCAGUCGCUUUGACCGCCUUCUUGGGUUACAAGGCCGGUAUGACCACCAUUGUCCGUGACUUGGACCGUCCAGGUUCUAAGAUGCACAAGCGUGAGGUUGUUGAAGCCGUUACCGUUGUUGACACCCCACCAGUGGUUGUUGUCGGUGUUGUCGGUUACGUCGAGACUCCAAGAGGUUUGAGAUCUUUGACCACCGUCUGGGCCGAGCACUUGUCUGACGAAGUCAAGAGAAGAUUCUACAAGAACUGGUACAAGUCUAAGAAGAAGGCUUUCACCAAGUACGCUUCCAAGUACGCCCAGGACGGUGCCGAAAUCGAACGCGAAUUGGCGAGAAUCACCAAGUACGCUACUGUUGUCAGAGUCUUGGUCCACACCCAGGUCAGAAAGACUCCAUUGGUCCAGAAGAAGGCCCACUUGGCUGAAAUCCAGAUCAACGGUGGUUCUAUCUCUGAAAAGGUCCAGUGGGCCCGUGAACACUUCGAGAAGACCGUCUCUGUUGACGCUGUUUUCGAACAGAACGAGAUGAUCGACGUCAUUGCCGUCACCAAGGGUCACGGUUUCGAGGGUGUUACCGCCAGAUGGGGUACCAAGAAGCUUCCAAGAAAGACCCACAGAGGUUUGAGAAAGGUUGCCUGUAUUGGUGCUUGGCACCCAGCCCACGUUCAGUGGACUGUUGCUCGUGCUGGUCAAAACGGUUACCACCACAGAACCUCUAUCAACCACAAGGUUUACAGAGUUGGUAAGGCUGGCGAUGAAGCUUCUGCCGCUACCGAGUUCGACAGAACCAAGAAGACCAUCACCCCAAUGGGUGGUUUCGUCAGAUACGGUUCUAUCAACAACGACUUUGUCAUCUUGAAGGGUUCCGUUCCAGGUAUCAAGAAGAGAGUCGUCACCUUGAGAAAGUCCUUGUACACCUCUACUUCUAGAAGAGCCACUGAACAGGUCAACUUGAAGUGGAUUGACACCUCCUCCAAGUUCGGUAAGGGUAGAUUCCAGACCCCAGCCGAAAAGGCUUCCUUCAUGGGUACCUUGAAGAGAGACUUGAAGUAA